AUGGGUCCAUUGAUUGGUGCCAUUGAUGAAGGUACUUCUAGUGCCAGAUUUAUUCUGUUCAAGGGAGGAACAACAGAUGUUGUAGCAUCUCAUCAAGUUUCCCUUUCCCAAAUUUGCCCUCAAGAAGGAUGGGUUGAACAGGAUCCAGAAGAAAUUCUGAGAGCGGUCAACGUAUGCAUCGAAGCGACAAUCGACAAACUAAUCGCUCUAGGUGGAACUGUCAAUGACAUUGCUGCAGUAGGUGUAACAAAUCAGCGAGAGUCCACAGUGGUUUGGGAAAAAUCGACUGGAAAACCCCUCUACAAUUCCAUAGUGUGGCUUGACGUGCGCACGUCAUCUACAGUAGACCAACUCCUAGAAAAAAUUCCAAACAAAAGCAAAAACAAAAAUUACCUAAAACCUUUAUGCGGCCUACCGAUUUCGCCUUAUUUCAGUGCUGUGAAACUUCGAUGGUUGCUGGAUAACGUCCCGAAAGUAAAAAAAGCGGUAGCUGCAAACGAUUGCCUAUUUGGAACCAUCGAUUCUUGGCUAAUAUGGAACCUGACGGGAGGCGUAAACGGUGGACUGCACAUAACAGACGUUACCAAUGCUUCUAGGACGAUGCUCAUGAACAUCGACAGCCUUAAAUGGGAUCCCGUAUUGCUCAACUUUUUUGGAGUACCUGCCAGUGUUUUACCUAAAAUCAAAUCCAGUUCGGAAGUUUAUGGGAAUAUCGAAAAAGGUUCGUUAAGCGGAGUACCACUGGCUGGAUGCGUGGGAGAUCAGCAAAGUGCCUUAUUGGGACAGCAAUGCUUGCAAAGAGGUCAAGCCAAAGCUACUUAUGGAACCGGAUGCUUUUUGUUGUAUAAUACAGGAAAUGUUAAAGUUAGCAGUUCGCAUGGCUUAAUUACGACUGUAGCUUACCAAUUAGGCCCCAAAGCACAACCUGUGUAUGCUUUAGAAGGAUCAGUUGCAAUAGCCGGAGCAGCACUGAAUUGGUUAAAAGACAACAUGAACUUACUAGACUCAUUUAAAGACGCUCAAAAAAUAGCCGAAGAAGCUGAACUGGCGGAAGCUGGAGAAGUUUACUUUGUGCCAGCUUUUAGUGGACUUUAUGCGCCAUAUUGGCAGCAAGAAGCCAGAGGGGUUAUUAUAGGAAUUUCGGAAGAUACUGAGGGCUGUCAUAUAGUUAGAGCCACUUUAGAUGCUGUUUGUUAUCAAACUAGAGACAUUUUGGAAGCUAUGAAUAAGGAUUAUGGUUCGCGUUUGAUUAACUUACAGGUCGAUGGUGGUAUGACAGCCAACUCCCUCCUCAUGCAACUUCAAUCCGAUUUGGCCGGAGUCAAAGUACAAAAACCAACGAUGGCCGAGAGUACAGCGCUGGGCGCAGCAAUGGUAGCAGGCGCAGCGGUAGGACUGUGGGAUUUGAGUCGGGCCAUGGACAUACCGUGCGAAACGUGGGCACCUAAAUUAAGCGAGAACGAGCGAGACAUAAGAUAUGCCAAAUGGAAAUUGGCAGUUGAGAGAGCUAUGGGGUGGGAUGUUUUGUAG